CGGGAAGUGACAGCUAUCUAACCGGAUGUGAUAUGUUUUUGCAGUAACACCGAGACAUUGUUACAGGAACAAGGCAGCUUAUAAAAUACAGACUAUGCACCAGAGUGAAAACACUUGUUUGAAGAUCAGUGAAUUAUCCUGAAGGAACAGCCAAGAUGCUAAUUAAUGCUGUAGGUUACUAUGCUUCUCUGUGGCUCACUGCUGACUUUGUGGAGCAGAAAAUUGUGUGUAAGAAAAAGGUGUAUGACCCCUACAAGGCUGCUCGCUCUGUGACCGUCAGGGCAGGAGUAGUGGCUCCUUUGGUGUAUACGUGGCUGAAAGUUGGAGAGAAGAUACUUCCAGGGAGGUCACUUCGCACCGUUGUCAUCAAAGUCUGCAUCGACGCCUUCGCCUUUGGUCCUGUUGCUAUUUCAUCAUUUUAUAUAUCAUCCUCUUUGUUAGAAGGAAAGGGUGUACAGGGAGCCGUGGAGGAAUGGAAACACAAGCUUGUACCAACAGUGAAGAGAGCUUGGUGUUUGUGGCCUGGUGUACAACUUGUAAACUUUAUGUUUGUUCCCCCGACCAGACGAGUGUACGUUGUAGGGACAGUCUCGUUGUUCUGGUCCGUGUUCCUGUGCUACAUGAAGGAUGAUUCUAUAAAACAUGGCCGCCGUACAGGAUUAGACGAGGCCUAGAAGAUGUGUAUGUCCCAACUCUAUACAAGAAUGUCAAGUUACUGCAUGUACAGGGAUGGCUGCAGUACUGGUGAUGACAUCAUGUGAUAUUCCAGAUUUCCAUAUUGCUUUGUAUACAACAUAUCGGUAAAGUGAAACCUGUCUUUACUGACACUAACAGGAACAUUUGGUCAGAUAUGACAGUCUGUCAGUAUAUUCAGUGUAAACAGACCUUAUAUCAGUCUUUUGGGACCAUAGAUAACAUUUGAUAUUAGUCAUUAGUGUCAGGUGUCAGUAAAGUCAGGGUUUCAUGGUAUGACUACAUCAUACAUGUAUAUGUUACAUUAUUUGUCUAUUCAAGAUGGUCGGAUGUGAUAGUGCCAAUAUUGUGUUUUAAUGUUUUAUUUAAGUUUGUGAUUUGUGAAACACAGGAACAGCUAUUUGUGGUUGUGAACAUACAGAAAACUAUUAUAGAGAAAAACCCAGGGAUUCUAACACCACUAAAACCAUAAUUAUAUUUAAGUGUGUUGUCUUGGGGUGCAAGAUGCAAAUUUACAAAAGUAUUCAAAUUAUUGUAAAGGCUAAUUCAGUAAAAAGAUCUACCCAACGGGACGAAUUCAUGUUUUUCAACAUGUGUGACCACCCACAGACGCAGUUCUUUUUGCAGUCCUUGAGUCGGGUAGAUUGUGUAGAGGAAUCGGCAUUACAUGUAUAUAACAUGCAGUCCUCAUGUUGGGUAGAUUGUGUAGAGGAAUCAGUGUUACAUGUAUAUAACAUGCAGUCCUCGUGUUGGGUAGAUUGUGUAGAGGAAUCAGCGUUACAUGUAUAUAACAUGCAGUCCUCGAGUCGGGUAGAUUGUGUAGAGGAAUCAGUGUUACAUGUAUAUAACAUGCAGUCCUCGUGUUGAGUAGAUUGUGUAAGAGGAAUCAGUGUUACACGUAUAUAACAUGCAGUCCUCGUGUCGGGUAGAUUGUGUAAGAGGAAUCAGUGUUACACGUAUAUAACAUGCAGUCCUCGAGUCGGGUAGAUUGUGUAAGAGGAAUCAGUGGUUAAAUCUCCAAUUAUAAUCCAGUAUAUACACUAUAUGAAAUGAUCACUAAGUAUUUUUGUAGAAAGUAUAUUUCAUAGAUAACACAAGAUCAAAAUUAUGGACGAUUAUAUUUUUGUAGGCAAAGCUGAAAGAAAUAUCCAAGUUUGAGAAUAGAAUGUUUAGAUUUAAGUGUAAAUUUUUAGAAAAGUAAUUCUAGAUCGAAAUUAUUUUUGUAGGAUGUAUACACUCAUAAACAAUUAUAACCUGCAAAAAAUGCUGAUUUUUUCAAACACUACCAGGGUAACUACUGCAUUUUUACAUAUGUUAUAUAUUCCAAGGAUUCUGAGAUCCAUCAGCACUGUAUAGAAGAUCUACAUGAUAUGUUUGUGUGGUAGUAAACUGCAAUAGUGAUGUCAAAGUAUUGAUAAGCCAGUUAAAUGUUGCUGGUGAUUUAUAAAGGUUGUUAGGUGUAUAUUGUUACUAUGGAAUACUACACUGUAACAAAAUAGUUGUUAGGUGUAUAAUACUACACUGUAACAAAAUAGUUGUUAGGUGUAUAUUGUUGCUAUUGAAUACUACACUGUAACAAAAUAGUUGUUAGGUGUAUAUUGUUACUAUGGAAUACUACACUGUAACAAAAUAGUCGUUAGGUGUAUAUUGUUGCUAUUGAAUACUACACUGUAACAAAAUAGUCGUUAGGUGUAUAUUGUUACUAUGGAAUACUACACUGUAACAAAAUAGUCGUUAGGUGUAUAUUGUUGCUAUGGAAGGUUAAAAGUACGCAAUAUCAAAUCAUUAUAACGACAGUUAUAACAACAUUCAGCUGUUUGAAGCCAUGUUACUUUGUAUAUCAGGUAAUGACAAAUUAACUUAAUUAAAGACAUCAAAAUUUUGUUUAACAGGUAAUGACAAUUCAACUUAAUUAAAGACAUCAAAAUUUUGUUUAACAGGUAAUGACAAUUUAAUUUAAUUAGAGACAUCAAAAAUUUGUAUAACAGGUAAUGACAAUUCAACUUAAUUAAAGACAUCAAAAAUUUCAUUCAUAAUGCUAAAGUUGCAUAAUUAUGAAGAUUUAAUGAUAUCACCAUAAAACAUUUCAUUGGCAAAUUGUGCUACUUAUAUGAAGUUUAUAUGUGUGGAUGUACAUGGUUUACCUAGAAGUUAUUCUAUUGUGUUUGAUUCCCCUCAUCAACUGCUGUGCUGCUACAUACUAUUGAUGUAGACUUAGGGUUGUGUUAGAAGUGUGUUUGUUAUAAUAUUACCGGUGAAAUAUAAAGUGUUGUAAACUUAUAUAAAUGAUUUCAUACUUUCAACAGUUGACACUUUUGUUAUGUACUCGGACUAAACCUACCAAUCAGAGAGCAGGAGUUAGACUAAACCUACCAAUCAGAAAGGAGUUAGACUAAACCUACCAAUCAGAAAGGAGUUAGACUAAACCUACCAAUCAGAGAGCAGGAGUCAGACUAAACCUACCAAUCAGAGAGCAGGAGUUAGACUAAACCUACCAAUCAGAAAGCAGGAGUCAGACUAAACCUACCAAUCAGAGAGCAGGAGUUAGACUAAACCUACCAAUCAGAGAGCAGGAGUUAGACUAAACCUACCAAUCAGAGAGCAGGAGUUUAACAUUAAAUGUAAAGAGUAAUAAACAGUAAGAAUUGGUGAUGUUCACAAUAGACAGAAAUGUAUCUCUGCAAUACAUCAUUCUACAGUGUUAACUGGGUGGUGGCGAGUUUUAUUAACACGAAUAUGAUAGACGGAACCUUUUUGAUGAAUGACAGUCAUAUUUUACUGGGAUAUUGACUACCUAUCAUUAUAUACCUGUGAAUCAUGCAUAAUGUAAUUUGAACUCCACUUGGUGUUAUUUCCACCAACAUGUUGGCUGGGUGGGAAUGAACCAUCAAAAUGGCUGGGGACAUAUACAUGUAGUGUUUUCCCUGCCAUACAUGUAGUGUUCAGUUCAUCACACAUGUUUGAUUUAGAUCUGUUUCUCAUGCUACCGUUUUAGAAUGCUGGUGUUUUUCCAGGAAGAUUCAGGUCUAACAGAUUUUAUGAUAUCAAAUUGUGCACAAACUUUUAAUUAUUUUAAAUUUUUGACAAUUUUGGUGAUUUAGUACUUUUUUGUAUGACUGCAUAGGCUCUACGGUCACUCAUAAAAUCAAUUCUCAGGAAGCUCAACAUUAAUAAGGCUUUGUCUACAGCCACAUUGGUACAAUUAUAAUCACUGAAACAAUGAAUGUGUUUUAAUAUUACAAAGUGCAUUAGAAUAUAUUAUUUUAUAUGUAUACUCGAUCAUUAUUUUAUUUGUGUACCCAAUCAUUGUUUUAUGAUAAAUAUUUUGAAUUAUCAAUUUUAUAAAUAAUUUUGUUUUUAAUAACGCUGAACUUAGUGAUCAUGAUCGUGACAGUUUCUAAUACAGAUAUUUUUGUAUACACUAGGAUGAUCUUAAAAAUUAUCAGAAUUUAAUGUACAAUGUAUUUGUGUUAUCAGUGAAAUCAACUAUGAUUUAAAUGUCAAAGAUCAUUUUUAUAAAAGAUGUCAUUUGUAAAUCACACACUUCAUAUUUAUAAAUCACUAGUGCAAAGUAAUAGUAGAUGUUUGUAAAACAAUUAUUAUGUGUGAAUUUUUAUAAACUAAUGUUUUUUAUUAACCUUAGCUGGUUCUAAAGUCUUUAAUGAUUUAAAUGCUAAUCUUAAAUCUGUUUGUUAAGUUUAUAUACUUUUCAAUUUUAUUAUACAGGAUAUUCUUCAGUAGAAUAGUUGUUUGUUAUUUGGUAUCAAGCUUUUUAUGUGUGAUAUAUUUUGUGUUCGAGGCUGAUGACAAUUAACUUUGUUAGAUAAUCAACACCUCUAGAUCUAGGCACCUUAAUGAUAGAUGUACAUCGAUAUCCCCUGUAACAGUGAAAUCACUGACACAAUAGUAAUAAUUCAGGGAUACUCCAAAUCAGGGCAGAUUCUGUGAUUCGUUAUAAUUUAAAAAGAGAGGUAAUUUAAUAGUAUGAACUUUUAUACAGAACAAUCAGAAGUUCAGUACCUAGUUUCCUCUGAAAUAUGUGUGUAUGGGAUUAAUUAGGACAGGAGUUCCAAUUUUAUUUUGAUUUCAGAAUUUCUUGAUUUGUUUUAAAACAUGAAACCUAGAAUUUCUAGGCUGCUCAUAUUUGUUCCUCCCAUUUCACUGUUUUCCUCCUACAAGUAUAUCUUUCACAUCCCUAAUUGCUGUUGGAAGAAGAUUGUAUUACAUGUAUUUGUCAAUGUAAAACGGUACUACAACGUCAAUUAUACUAAAAAAAAAACAUCAUUCUGAAACAACUUAAUGUCAUUAUAUUUGUAAAUCAAAGCUGAUUUAUAAUGUAAAUUUCUGCUAUUUAUAGCUUAGUCUCUAGUUAAUUAAUCUUAAUUAGUAAAAUAAAGUAUAAGAAACCAAGCUUAGAAACAGGAUGUUAAUUGAUGAUGAUAUUGUUUAUUGGUUCUUUUUCUUUAACUAGAAAUAGAUUUCCUUCUGCUAUGUAUAGCUUAGUCUCUAGUUAAUUAAUCUUAAUUAGUAAAAUAAGGUAUAAGAAACCAAGCUU